AUGUUCUUGCCUACCAAUUUCCGCAUCGGAGUUCCCAAAUCAACAAUGGGUACUGAUGGGCUCUUUACUCAUAUAAAUGAAGGGCUGGCUAGCGGCCUCCCGGACGGGAAGCCCUUUCUCCCGCACGACAUCUUUGAGAAACUCUGGGCUGGCGACGAGGCUAAGCAAGAAAUACAGAAGCAAACAGGGUUUUUCAAAAAGCUCAUAAAGGAUCAAAACUCAACUCUCGUCGAUUUCGUCAAGAAAUCUGCCAGGAAAGUCUUUGCAAUUCUUGUCCGUUCUAAUCUCGUCAAGAAGGUGUCAAAUCUACCAAAGCACAAGUUCAUGGACAAUCAUCUCCCGAUCGUGGUAGAAGGUACACGAGUCACGUCAUACAAUCUUCUGGCAGACGAUGCGGCUCUGGAAUGGUUUCAAAGCUGGACUAAGCACGAAAUUGCUGUCAAGGAGCUGGAAGAAGACCUUGUUACCGACAAGGCCUACGAGGUAGAAAUCGACGCUCUGGAACUGGCUCGGCAACUGCAGCAUCCACACCUUGUCAGCUUCAUUGCUGGGUUUGAACGAGCAGGAAAACGCUACAUGAUGUUUCAGUGGGUUGACGGCGGCAACCUUCGAGAAUUCUGGCAGAAUCACAGUUGGUCGCGAAAUAUUGACAUCAUCCGAUGGGCUUUGGAGCAGAUGAAGGGCCUUGCAGAGGGGCUCGAAGCGCUCCAUCACUUCAACCCCAAGAAGAAUAAGAACUGCCGUCAUGGAGACUUGAAGCCCGAAAACAUUGUCAGAUCGCGGAAGUCGGGGUCCUUUGGACUCCUCCAGAUUGCCGAUAUGGGAUUAGCUAAGAUUCACUCGCUUCCUACGGUUCUUAGGCCCAUUGCGACGACGACACUCGCCGGCACGAUACGUUACCAACCUCCUGAGAUUCAGACUAGCACAUCAGGCAAAAGGUCGCGCUCGUACGACAUUUGGUCCAUGGGUUGUAUUCUGUUCGAACUCAUCAUCUGGCUUCUCUUUGGGCCAAAGGGAUUGACAGAAUUUGAGAGUUCCUUUGAUAACCCCACCCAACCAUUUUUUCACAUUUAUGAAAGCAGCUCCCUUCGGCCCAAUGUCAACGCCUGGAAAGAGCAUCUUGAGAAGAUCUGCCUCAGCGAUUUGGAGAUGUGUGUCAGUCCAGCUCUAAAGGAGCUUUUCAACUACGUGUGCAAGGCGCUUCUCGUUGAGGACCCUGAAUCAGAUGACCCGGGACUUCAGAUGAUGAACUCCAAUGUUGAUGGACGGCAAGGCAGCAUCAGCCCCUCCAUUCCGAGGGUAUUGGUCCAGCGAGCGACAAUCCGGAUGAGAACCACAUCAAGGGCCAAUAUUACGGAUUUGAAGAAAGAACUCCAUAGAAUUUGCUCGAAUAGUUCUCUAGAUUACUUCUACAGGAAGGAAACCGAAAAAUUCAAUGUCACCUGGGACGUACUGGAUCACGAGGACAUCGCUUCACAACUUCAGGUACACCCAGGCCGCACCUCACCGCGUUCAGGGGCCCGACCACAACUACAAAUUGCCGAUAUUCAGAAUGACAAAAAAUCGCAUUGGGACUUAUAUAAAACUAACCACGCCUUUAUUUCGGUGGUCCAGUAUGCACUUCUAUCAGAUACGUGGGAAAUCUGUAACGACAAUAUCUUCGCACGAGACUUUUUCAGAAACAUCACCUCAAAAACCCUAGACCAGGAUUUUCAAGCAUUAGAAAAACAGAACACAAGAUUGUGCAACCACUGCUCGAAUCCAACUUCAGGGAUCUUUUCUAGAUGCAAUAACGCCCCCUCAUACAUUCAGAGAGGAUUUCCUAUCUUGCCAAAGGCUGGAAGCCGAACUCAAGCCCGGCUUUUCAAGCACUGGGCCGAAGAUUGCGACAAGAACCAUAGUCGCAGCUGCUUCCAGGUUGACGUCCCCCAGCGAGCACCGACGAGACUCCUGGACGUAGGCGAUACUUCAUUAAGCACUAUCAAGCUCGACUGCUACCCGAAGGAUCGCAAGUCUAGCUGCUAUGUUGCCUUGUCGCACCCUUGGGGCCCAGAUGAAAGCAAGUGGUUCCGCACGACAUCAGAAAACAUCAAGGAAUUCAAGAAAUUCAUCGACUUUAAGCAACUGCCACAGAACUUUCAAGACGCGGUGACAGUGACAAGAAGUCUAGGAGUCCGAUACCUCUGGAUUGACUCUCUCUGCAUCAUACAGCAGGGAAAAGACGGAGAUUUUGGCACAGAAAAAGAAUUCAUGGAGGACUAUUACGGCGGCGCGUACUGUACAAUUUCCGCCAGCUCUGCAAGGGGGACAAGUUCUGGAUUUCUCAAGUCACGCCUCAAUGUCAGAAAAUCUUAUGCCUUCAACAGCGGGGCCGGCCCUAGUCCUGAGCCCCACAAGUCGGCCUUUUAUAUCUGCGACGCCAUCAAUGAUUUCGCCCGCGACGUAGAGGAAAGCUACCUCAGCACGCGCGGCUGGGUAUUCCAGGAAAGGGCACUCUCGAGGCGUACGCUUCAUUUCACAGAAAAGCAAGUCUAUUGGGAGUGUGGUAAAGGUAUCCGCUGCGAGACCAUGACCAAGCUUUUCAACCGGAAGUCAUCCUUUUUGUCCGACCCACAUUUCCCCGAGUCCGCCGCGAAAUAUUACAAGGGGAUGCGGAUUGAAUUCUUCCAGUACAUUUAUUCGAAGUACUCGGGACUCGAUUUCUCGGCAAAUCAUGAAGACGAUAGAUCUGUAGCUUUGCGUGGUCUUGAAAACAGGAUGGCGAAGGUCUACAACGUGCCAGCGUGGCAUGGCAUCCUGGACGGGGAAUACCUUCAUCGAAGCCUUCUUUGGCAGAGAGACAUGGUGAAAACCAAAUCAUUACACGAGAUCAGCUACGAAGAUGAUAAGAGAGUUCCCUCUUGGUCCUGGAUGGCGGUCAUGGGUCCAAUCAGGUACAUGGAUGCCCCAUUCGAUUGGAUGGAGUGGAAUAGAGACAUCAAAACACCGCUAGGAUCACGAUCUGCGGCUCAGACCGCUACGGACUUCGAGGUUCCGGCGUACAACGCUAAGCCAGACGACAAUUCUCGGUCAACAUACGAUGGUGGGGAAGAGGUGGAUACCUUCGAGAAAUUAAAAUGCGUCAUUAUUGGGUGGGAAAAAACGGAAAAGGCCACAGAUUCGAAGGACUUCUAUGUUUUGCUUGUGACUCCCACUGAUCCGAGCGGAAGUGGUGUUGAUCACAAAAGGGUAGGGGUUGCGAGGAUGACAGUGGACGAAAUUGGCUCUACAGAAUUUGUGGUAAAAAUUGUUUAA